GUCCAUUUCCACCCAGUCCAGCACCAAAAAUAUUACUAUAUCUUGUUUGAGCGACUCCCACGCCAGUAGAACUUUUCGAAGCCAUACCCGACGCGAUUGUCAAAGUUGACUAUACGUUAGAAGUAACAUAGGACGCGUGAUUUAAUCACAUGCGUCACAUGUGCCCGCUGGCUUCGAACUUCGUAAUGGCGUUCACGCGGCGUAAAGCCACGCGACGUGGAUCAUCACGGCGUGUAUCACGCCAGAAUAUUACUACAUAUCAAACCGCUAGAAUGCAGCUCACGAACGCCAAUGUCACGUUGCGGCUUCCAAAGCUCGACGAGCUGACCGCCAAGUCUAUAACUCUUUGGCUCAACGCCUGCGAAGUCGAGUUUCAGAAGUUCGAGACUACCAGUUUGAUGGUUCUUACGACCAGGCAGAGAAUUGCAUUCGCCCUCGCAUCCAUUUCCGACCAUCCUGGCUCGCAAGCCUCCGCGGCACGUCCGCGAUACGACCACGACCUUACCCCGAACACUUGGGACCAGUUCCGAGAUCUAUUCCGGACCAAGGUGCUCGGCACGGGCUGGGAGCUGUGUCCUCUGCGUGACUUCUACUCCAUACAACAACUCGGUUCCACCGUGAGCGAGUAUUUCGAGAGACUUGACGAGGCUCUAUUUACCAUUGAGCGAAGCGCCCUUGUCCCGUUAGGGGAUUUCGCCAUCAAGUCUUACUACCUAUUAAACGCUAGUCCGCUCAUAGUGGCCAGCAUCACGUCAAGGCGCUAUGACCUCGUUCAUAUCAGCAUUCAGGAUCUGAAGAGCGAGAUGCUCCAAGUUGAAUCGAGCAUGGCCACAUUGACACUUCGCCCGCCUCAUGCCGCUCCUGACCGAAACGAUGGCCUUGGUCGUACCACAGAUACCACACCUUUUAGCACAGCGUGCAUUUCAACCCUGACUAACAACACGCCCCUCAUCCCGAGUGAGACACCGCAGCACGCAGCCGCCUGCGUUAGCGACAUACACGAGAUCCUUGGCACCGCCGACAGCGACCUGGUCGACACCCCCGACGGCUCAGGUCGCACGCCGCGCUUCUACGCCUUUGCGAAAGGGCACCUCGCGACAGCCACUGCUCUCCUACGAAGCUCCCGCAAAUGGAAGACGCCCAUCCCUCCCUCCGUCGCUAAGGAUUACAUCUUGGACAACACCCCCGAGCACAAGGCCCGCGCACUCUACGACGCUAUCAGGCGCCGCGAGGUGGCCAUGGUCGGGUUCCUGCUUGAGAUUGGCGCCGACCCAAAUGCCCGCGGCUAUGGUGUUUGGCCUGAGUACAUGGGCACGGCGCUGCACGAGGCGGCGUUCUUUGGACCUAAUGAGGUUAUUCAGAUGUUGUUGGAUCAUGGCGCGGAUAGAAGAGCUACGGAUAAGGAUGGUGCGACGGCAGCGGAGGGAGGGUGGAUGUGCUAUGGGCAUCGACUAUUAAUAUGAUCAUUGCAAAGGCAGUCUAGUAAGUGGAGGGGCUGCAGAAACGGUGGUGUUGUGGAGUGAUCUGAUGCACCGUCUGUGGCACUGAUUGGCUGAUUAAAGCCUUAGGUACCUGGUUACGAAGGAUUGACAAACGAUUUUCUUUCAACUCGAGGCCGCGACACCUGUGAUUUAAAGGAGAAGAAAG